AUAGCUAAUAUCCAUCAGCCUUGCAGCAGGUUCGAUAGUUAAUGUGGACCAAAUAGCACGAUACAUAUUGAACGUUGCCAGCUAACGCCAGGCUCCAUUUAGCAGUCGAUGAUGUCCAUAAUCAACUAACGUAGGCUAAACUAGCUAAGUAUUAACGAAAGAAUUUGCAAAAAUACAUUGCGAUUCGUGGUGAAAGGAAGUGGAGUUGACAGAUGGACAUUGGUGUAAACAGAUGUCAAUCGUCUCUAGAAAUGAAGUUUUGAACACAUGCCGGCCCAUACAGUCUGUGUGUCACCAAUUCAGACAAAACCAUGGUAGUUAGCGAGUUGCCACUUUAUAAAAGACAAAAUGUCGACAUUGCACUUUUAGAUUGGAAAAUACUCACAGCGCAGAGUCAAUGGUUCAACGCAGUCCCAAUAGCUAUGGAGUUUGGGAUUCGCAGCAAUGCAGUCGGUUACACCACCUUCUCCGUUGUUAUUGACUGGAAUCCUUGCAAGAAAUUGAAACAAAGACUGAACUUGUACUACUUAGCCAGAGGGAUAAAUGACAAACCAGAGCCUAGGGAAAUAGCAGUUUUUAGACGAGCUGGAGAGAUCACAUAUGCCGACCCGGAAAACAAGAAACUGGUCGAGGUGAUGAAGGCAUUGGACAACUACUGUGCACCACGCAUGAAUACUGUGUUCGAGAGACAUUCAUUUUGGGCACACAACUUCAAUGAACAGGCAGGUCACUGUUACACCUCCAUCAACUCAGCCCAUGUGGACCAAAUGAUCCGGCCGGGCCACAGCUUCAGCCUGGCCUGUGAGUUUGUCUGCCUGCAGCCCAGCCAUGUGAUGCAGUGGUGGAAGGAUGGCCAGGUCCUACUUAACGCUAGCGCCAUCCUGCCCAACAUUACUCUGUCUAUGCAUGUGAGUGGAGCUGGGGAGAAGGACAGUGGAAACUAUAGCUGUAGGACAGAACCAGCUGAUGCCCUGGGCACCACAGCUGUUAUUACAGUGGGAGACCUCCCUACCUCUGGACCCUCUUUCAAUACCCUUGAGCCCACAAUCGAGCCAAAGCAGGGUGUUCUAGAUGUUGUGAUGGUGUGGUACCUACUGUUGAAGGCUAUUUUCUCAUCCUCAUGGUGACCACUAUAGUUCUGGUUCUAGCCUGCAGGCUCCGCUGAAUACAGUAUGGCUCUCAAGCUUAUAACAUGCUGCCAUGUGGCUUUGCUUCCAGCUAUUGUUGAAUUUUAACAGCACAUGCUGUGGAACACUGUAAAUCAACUUCAAGUGCUAGUGAUCUUAGUUUAAAAUGUUGAUGGAACAGUUGGUUUUGAUCUGUGUAUUGUGUUUGUUCAAUUAUAACUUCUGUUAUAAAUCCUGUUAGCCUACAUUAUUAACUAUUUGGUAUAAUUAUUUCUUCAAACCUGUACUGCUGCUGCAAUAAACUCUCUUUUUUUCAAUUUUA